AUGACCUCCCUCGUCCUCCCUCUCUUCCGGUCGCGCAUCAUCAGCACCAGCACCGCCAGACGAGGUUUCCAGUCCACCGCAAUGUCUCUCAGCAGCAAGCUCAAGCCCGCGGCCCGCGUCGCCGGCCGGCGACAGGAUGUCUGGUCCAUCAUCAACGAGGCCGCUGCCGCUUCACCCAAGCAGCCCAUCGUGAACAUGGGACAGGGGUUCUUUGGCUACAACCCUCCCGACUUCAUUCUCAACGCCGCCAAGCAAGCGCUGGAUCGCGUCGAGUGCAACCAGUACAGCCCUACCAAGGGUCGCCCAAGACUCAAGAAGGCCAUUGCGGACGCCUACUCUCCUCACUGGGGCCGCAAGCUGGACCCCGAGACCGAGGUCACCAUCACUACUGGCGCAAACGAGGGCAUGCUGAGUGCUUUCAUGGCCUUUAUUGAGCCCGGUGAUGAGGUCAUUGUCUUUGAGCCCUUCUUCGACCAGUACAUCAGCAACAUUGAGAUGCCCGGCGGCAAGAUCACCUACGUUCCCCUGCAUCCUCCCACAGACGGCGCCACGGCGACAUCAUCCGCCGCCAACUGGACUAUCGACUUUGACGAGCUCGAGCGCGCCAUCACACCAAAGACCAAGAUGAUUGUCCUCAACACACCACACAACCCCGUCGGCAAGGUCUUCUCCAAGGACGAGCUCCAGAAGAUCGGCGACCUUUGCGUCAAGAACGAGAUUAUCAUUCUCUCCGACGAGGUCUACGACCGCCUAUACUAUGUCCCCUUCACGAGAAUAGCCACGCUCUCCCCCGAGGUCGAGCGCCUCACCAUCACCGUCGGUUCCGCGGGCAAGAACUUCUACGCUACCGGAUGGCGCGUGGGCUGGCUUAUGGGUCCUGCCGAACUUAUCCAGCAUGUUUCUGCGGCGCAUACUCGUAUCUGCUACUCAUCCGUCUCGCCUCUGCAAGAAGCGUGCGCUGUCGGUUUCGAGCAAGCCGAGAAGGAAGGUUUCUGGGACGAGACGAUCAAGGACAUGAAGGGCAAGAUGGACCGCUUCAACGAGGUGUGGAAGGAGCUCGGCAUGCCCUACUCGGAGCCCGAGGGCGGCUACUUCGUCCUCGUCAACAUGGCCAAGGUUAAGCUGCCCGAGGACUACCCGUUCCCGCCCCACGUCGCCAGCCGUCCGCGCGACUUCAAGCUCGCGUGGUUCCUCAUCCAGGAGGUGGGCGUCGCCGCCAUCCCACCCACCGAGUUCUACACGGAUGAGAACGCGCACAUUGCGGCGGAUUACAUCCGUUUCGCGGUCUGCAAGGAGGACGAGGUGCUCGAGACGGCCAAGGAGCGUCUUCGUGGGUUGAAGAAGUAUAUCAAGGAAUAG